AUGGCAGAUGGGGGUCACUUACCAAGGUCUCCAUCCAGAAGUCCUAACGUUCAGAGAUCGACGUCAUGUAAGAUUUGAACAAUUUCAAAAGAAGUCUGUUUUUUCUUAUUUUUAAGUUUCUGGAGCAAAAUUACACUUCAACUAUAGUGGAAAGGAAACCAAGAUCAGAAGCUCGCAGGGACAAUCGGCCACUCCAAGACUUUCGAGGACGAAUCCAUCCCUGCAGAAACAGCACACCGUCGAUUAUCCAGUUUCUAGUUCAAAUGUCGUCGUGGCAACUUCUUCCGAUUCUCCGAAACGGAUAAAUUACGAUCAGUACAACCCAAAGGAACGGAGUCAAGCAGAAAGUUUAAUUUCAUACGAGCCCUCAUCAGCCAGCACUGCCUUUCUCGAAGUUUCCAACCACUAUCGAUAUUCAUCUUCUUUUCGCCAACGCUCUCCUUCUCCUCGCGUGUCCCACAACACAAAAGACGUCACCUUAGCAACUUCCUCGCACCCCUCGCAGCCACAAGUUUCAGAAGAGCGAGCAGCUCCACUUGCGCAUUCGUCCGUAGGAGCUCAAUUGCCGAUGAGCUAUCAGAGAACACCGUCCUACCCGUCAUUUUCUUAUUAUGAUGCAAAACUGGCAGAUAGAUCUCCGCGAGUUCCUAUGCAUUUGGAAAGCAAUCAUCCAGCUCCUUCUCAACAUGUUACUCAUGGGGCGUCUCGAAUUCCUUCUAUUUUUGAUCGCAACUAUUUGCCCCAUAGCAAUCAAAGAUCCACAAUCCAGAAAGAAAUCGUUCCACCACCGGUUUCGACUCAUUUCAUUCCACUUCCAAUUGCCCGUCAAUCUUCUAUCACAACACCAGCACCCAAGCCUCAGUCUUUGAAUUCUCAACUGGCAUUGAGUCAAGGACGUUCGAGAACGUUGAAUAUUGGAUAUUCGGCCGACGAUAGACAACAGAUCGAACAAGCUCAAGCUUGGCAUGCUGAACUAGUCAGACAACGAGAAGCUGAAAUAAAGGCGAAGGCAGCAGCCAGAAAGGCAGAGGAGGAAGCGGCGAAACGCGAGGAAGCCCAGAAAAAGGAGGAAGCGGCGAGGAAAGCAGAAGAAGACCGUAGAACACGAUCAGUUGAUGACGAUGAACAAGUGGAGAAGUUCAUUCAAAACCUCGAACAACGCAUCAAAGAUUCUCGCGAUUCAAAAAACGGGGAAGGCGCUCUAGUAGGGCGCCAUCACAGUCAGAACGUAGGUGGUCAGGUUUCCACACCCAAGAAACUGUUAACGCCUAAAUUGUUUUCAGCAUGCCGCGAUUGCGGAAAGUCUCACAAAUGCGCUCAAGAAUGAAAAAAAAGAAGAAGAAGAAUUUGAAGGACACGACGGCGUUGGCCAGGUAGGUUUAGUGUCGUAAAGUCAGUUUAUCGUUUUGCCUUUCCAGGGGGCUACACAAAACGGCGCCGACAGCUCGGAGGAGUGCAAUUUUCUCGAGCGCAUUGUACGUUAAACUUUCCCACCCGUUUCUCAUUUUGCAUCAGAAAAAUUCCAGAAAAAUAUGAAAACCGAUCAAAACGCGAAUCGUCAAAAGUAUGCCGAACAUUAUUACGACUUUGAUGACGAUGACUCCGAACUCCAUUCAUCGGUAAUUGCUGGCGCUUGCUUGAAAACGUAUAGUUUAACGAUUGCAGACAAGCAUAAAAUCAUUCCUUUCUACUGUCACUGAAGAAGACCUCGAUUCUUCGUCUCUCAAUAUGACCCUCAUGUACGAUCCUCAAGUAAGUUUUCAAAUAGUUGAGGAAGUUUUUAUGCCGACCGUUUUGAGACCGAAAUGUUGCAACAAAGUGUCAUCUCCUAUAUCCACGACUUGGUGGAUAAUGUUUUUUCUUGUCUGGAAAAGACCGAUUUCGUGAAGCUUAUGGCUAACCAACUGGAGAAAGAAGCGUUUGAGGUGAGUGUAUAAUUCCGAUAAGCCCUAACAAAUACUUUUUUUAAAGGAAUAUCUCUAUGUCAAUGAUUCCACACACAAGUAUUACGUACUUUCCGACAAUGCCAAGCAGUUUUUCACUCCGAGAACUUCUGCUGAAAACGAAACCGCAGACUCGACACUUUUUUGA